AUGGCUCAAAUAUUAUUAAACCGUACUCUAUCUUAUUCAAAGAAUUUCUCUAUCACCAAAAAUCAAUCUACAUUAUUAAUAAAGUCAAGUCAAAUUAUUUAUAAACCUAUUAUUAUUCGAUCUAUACAAUCUUGUUCAUGGCAAACUCCAAAUCAUACGAAUCAUACGAAAUUAACGAAAACCGUAAGUGAUGAUUGUGUGAAUGAGUCAUAUGAUUCUGGAGGAAAAAUUUUACGUGAUUUUAUUAACAAGAUCGAAAUUAAGAUUUAUGAAAAUAAUGCAAAAUUGAUAGGUGAACCAAUUGAUAUCGUAUUUCAUAAUAAUAAUAUUCAAGAUGGUCGUUAUUAUGAAUUUAAUCAAUUUCGUUUUAAUGGGAAAUCUAUUAUUUCAGUGUUUGGUAAUGAUAUUAGAAAUUAUUUUAAAUCACAUUUUCCAGAUUUGAAAAUUACAUUUGUAGAAUCAAUUAAUACUAGUAGUAUUACAAUUACAAAUUAUCUUAAUCGUGAUAUUAUCUUGAAAAAAACUGGAAUUGGAAUUUGGGAUUAUUGA